AGCUCAGCUAAAUGCCAUGAUAUGAGCAACAAAAGCCAUGUAAGAGUAUUACACAACAUACUUGUUCUUUCUGUAUCUAGUUUUUCUGAGGGACAUGCCUGUAUUACAUGCAAUAGUUUGGGGUUUCUUGUUCCUGUGUUUCACUCUCUUCCCUUUUGUCUCUGCACUCAGCAAUAUGCCUUUCUGGUCAUGGAGUAUGCGGGCGGAGGCAGCCUCAGCAAUCUGCUGGGCAUCAAGCACCAUCUGAAAAAAAGACAUGUCAUCUUUUACUCUGCAGAACUAAUUUGUGGUGUUCAGCAUCUCCAUUCUCUAGGUAUCAUCCAUCGAGAUCUUAAGCCAGACAACAUCCUGCUUACCAGCGACGGACACAUGAAAAUCGCUGAUUUUGGCAUCGCAGCAGAAGGCGUUUUUGGCCACAAGACCAUCCGUGGGAAAACUGGAACAUGCUGGUACAUGGCCCCAGAGCUGCUAGGUAACAAGAAGUACAACGCGGCAGUAGACUGGUGGUCAUUAGGGAUAAUAGUGAGCGAAAUGGCCACAGGAAAAUCCCCUUUUCAUGACGACUACCACCAACAGGAUGUGAGAAGUUCCAUCCUCACUGAGAAGCCGGUGUUUCCUGAGGGGAUGAGCACAACAUUGCAAGAUCUCCUGCAGAAGCUCCUGAAGAAAAGACCACACAAACGUCUUGGGAUGAAUGGAAAUAUAAGGGAACACCAACUGUAUAGGAAAAUUAAUUGGGAGGACGUGGAAAGGCAAAGGAUUUCACCACCAAUUAGAUUUGAAGAUGAUCACAAUGAAUUUACAAGUGCCGACCUGCCAUUCCUGAAUGGCAACACCGCUUUGGAUUCAGAUGACUGCAUUCUCGAAUGCUUUACAUAUCUGAAUCCCAGCUGGCAGGAGUGAGCAAUUUUGUGCUGCUGCCAUUGACACCCUACGUCAACUUGUUUAGGUGGCCAUUCCUUUAACAUUUCUACCCGGUACCUGUAAGUCAUGCAUCAAAUGGACUAGCUGCUUAUAUAUCUGCCCAUACCACCUUUUUUAUUGUCCUGCUGUCCAUCACAAAUUUAACACCUCCUACUGCCUAGUCUCCCAAAUGAAU